GAGAGAAACCGGCGGGCAGGCAGAACUCCAACACCGGAAGUGUCACAGCUUGUUGAAAAAGGAAGCGGAACCACAUACCGAUGUGUUCCGAGUGAGCGUGUGGAGAACUUUUAACGUUGUGAAAUUUCGCUGUUUUUGCACCCCCAUCAAACACCAACGGACCCCCUCUACAGUUUCAUCUCCGUUCCGAAUCCAAGAUGUUUAACAGACAGACGAGCCUGUGGAUGGGUGAUUUGGACCCAUACAUGGAUGAGACCUUCAUCAAGCAGGCAUUUAGCGCCAUGGGAGAAUCGCCGUUUGGAGUCAAGAUCAUCACUCACAGGAUAACAGGGGGUUCUGCUGGAUACUGCUUUGUGGAGCUGGCAGAUGAAGCAAGUGUCGACCGCUGUGUCCAAAGACUGAACGGAAAACUGGUUCCUGGAUCAAACCCGCCUCGGAAGUUCAAGCUAAACUAUGCCACCUACGGCAAGCGGCCAGAGGCAGGGCCGGAGUACUCCGUGUUUGUGGGCGACUUGGCCUCCGAGGUGGACGACUUCCAACUGCACCAAGUUUUCAAGAAGUACCCUUCCUGCAAGGGAGCCAAAGUAGUCACUGACCAGUAUGGAUACUCCAGAGGCUACGGCUUCGUCAAGUUUGGGGAGGAGGGCGAGCAGCAGAAGGCGAUCGAGGAGUGCCAGGGUACGAUGCUGGGGGGCAAGCCGCUCCGACUCAGCGUUGCUGUAGCAAAGAGCCAGAAGAUGAGCAACUACCACGGGGGCCAGGGCCAGAAUUACCAUAGCAACUACAACCAAUCCCAGUCCAGUUACUACGGCAACCAGGGCAGCGGGGCUCAGGGGGGCUACUACGCUCAGUGGGGUGGCUAUGACCAGUACAGCGGCUACAACAGCGGCUACAACACUGGCUACAACACUGGCUACAACUACAACUAUGGGCCCUAUGGAUACCCCCCACCAGGUCACAUGAUGCCACCACCUCCAAUGGGGGUACCGCCCAUGUCCACUGACAUGUCCGGGGCUGUAGAGCAGGGCCACGAGGAGGGUGGGGAUAAUGAUGAGGAUAAUUCAGAAGAGCCCAUAGCUGAAUGUGACGUGGAGCAGUGGAACAAAGAUUUUAUGCAGCGCAGCGAGGAGCUCUACGACGCCAUGAUGAACUGUCACUGGGAACCCCUGGACUCUGUGAACUCCCCCAUCCCCUCCCUCUCCUGAUGAAUCUCUUUCUUCUGAUCCCUCCCCAAACUUUAAAUAUUUCAUUUUUUUUUUAUGAUUAUUAUUAUUUUUUUUAACUUCUCCUAAUCUACCAUGAUCUAACACGACCUUAAAAAGGCCUGUUUAGUUCACCGUCUCAGUACUUGCCUAAGCCCGACUGAAGGCUGAGAGUACAUACCUGUACAUGUUUCUCUUCAAAUACUCAAAGUACACACAAAUAUUCACUUGAUUUUAAUGUUUACCAUGUUGGUAAUAUCCAAAAAGUAGUUCAAUAAUCAGUGAUGUUACGGUGUAGUGCAUACUGUUUUGUAUGAACUCCUCAAUAAACCAGAAGCUAAAAGCUUUAGGCUGAAGUAGUCUGUCUCUGCUGUUGACUGGCACACAGUAGCUGUAGCAUUAGAAACUGAACGCCCCGUGUCAAUAUUUCACCAUGUAAUGAUAUCACUGAGGAACAAGCUCCACUGUCGGUUACUUUUGUCGAUCCAUGUUGAAAUGGCGACGCCGGCAAAAGUUAACUUCGCUCAUUGGAUGUGCCCCUGACUUUUUACAGACGUAAAGAGAUUGUCUUCUGAAGACAAAAAAAACUGCCUUAAUUGUCAUUUGCCAUGUACCUCCUCUUAGUCUAUGAUGGUCAUUAGAAUUAUUUUGUAUAUACAGGAUAUCAGUCUUUCUUGUCUACAUUUUUUUUUAAUGGAAGAAAUGUUCUUCCUUUUUAUUUUAUUUUGCUGAUCGAUGACUUAAAAGGCGUAACAGCAUGAUGAGGACGUUGUUUAUCGAACAGUAAUCAAUCACAAAUGUAAUUUAUGACUGUUUUCCAGACCAGAAGCUUGAUGUCUGUGUGUAAAAUGAUGAAUGGUACAAUCGCCAAAAUGCUUUGGAGCGCUGUGAAACUGUUAUGGUUUUGUGAGGUCGACAGCGGAUUUUCUGUAUCAAAUGUCAAGGCAGCAUGUACUCUCUGCUGUUUGAUUGCUGAUGUUUUGUAUAUAUUUUCUUUGUGGAGGCGUUUUAUCAAUACAACUAAUUUAGGAGGAAAA